AUGACUCGGGCUGCCUUCCCUCAUCUGCCCUGUCCAGUGAAGCUGGGCUCAGUGAACACAGAUGGCCCCGGCGCUGGGCUGCACCAGCAUGUCAGAGACAGGAGCCUCCACAAGCUGGAGAAGCUGCUCAAGAAAGGUGUGGACGUGGACACGGUCAAUAACCUGGGACAGACCCCUCUGUUCUGUGCCUCCCUCCUGAGCCUCGCAAAAGUGGUGGAUGUGCUGCUACAGUACGGAGCAAACCCCAACCACCGCUGUGAUGACCGGAGCACCCCGGUCCAUGCUGCAGCGUUCUCCUGCAACCCCUGGAUCCUGAGCGCACUGCUGGAUGUGGGGGGAGACCUGCGGCUGCACGACCGAGAGGGGCGCACUGCCAGGGACUGGGCAGAGGUGGCUGGACCGGAGCUCAGCCCCCGGAUGCUGAAGUUCAUGCAGCGCUGCGUGACGCACAUGCAGAGUCUCACCCAGCAGAGCCCAGGAGAGGAGCUGAAGAAGACCAGUGGCUCGUCCAAUGCCCUCAUCCGCUCGCCCUCCCUGCUGUCACUGCUCAAACGAGGGUAAAGGGGCACUACUCCGUGCGCAGGAGAUUAUUUACAUAUCUAAGACACGUGUUACCUCACAAGCCUGUGUUUGAAAUAUACACUUCAUAGGUGUCUCUUGUAAAAUAUUAUCAGUCUGUAAGUGUUUUAAACUGUUCCCCCAAACCAGCGUUAUUG